AUGCUGAUAGAGCAACUUGUGACAGGGCCUCGGGAAUUAGAUGUGAUCUCAAUUUUUGGAAUGCCAGGACUAGGAAAAACAACUUUGGCUAAGAAAUUGUAUGAUCAUGAAGCCAUUUCCAAUCGCUUUGACAUUCGCUUGUGGUGUCGUUCUUCCCAAUCGUAUGAUGAGAGAGCUCUCUUGUUUGAAUUAUUGUGUCGUACUCGUGAGCUUGAUGAUAGUACCAAAAUAAUGAGUAAUGAUGAACUAGCUGAGAAGUUAUACAGAAGUUUGAAGGGAAGGAGGUACCUCAUUGUUGUGGAUGAUGUGUGGAGUUCCGAGGCAUGGGAUGAUAUAAAGAGACCUUUUCCAGAUGAUGAUAGAGGAAGUAGGAUCAUUUUGACAACCAGGCUUGAAUCGAUGGCCACAUAUGCCAUGAUCUCUUUGGGUCCUCAUCACCUUCGUUUGUUCACAGAAGAAGAAAGUUGGAUGCUAAUGAAGGAGAUGGUAUUCAAAAAAGACAAUUAUUGUCCUCAAGAACUCGAGGAGAUUGGUAAGAAAAUAGCGAGAAAGUGUGGAGGAUUACCCCUUGCAAUUGUAUUGGUGGCCGGUCUUCUUGCAAAACAUGAUAAGGAAGUACUUUACUGGAAGAAAUAGGUGAAAGUUUGAAGUCAAAAAUGCAAGGUUGCAUGGAUAUAAUUGAAUCGAGUUACCAACACUUGCCCGUUCAUUUGCAAAAAUGCUUUCUCUAUUUUGCUUCAUUUUUAGAGGACCAGAAAGUUCCUGUUAAAAAACUGAUACGACUAUAGAUCGCGGAAAAUUUUGUGGAAGCUAGUACUACAUCAAAGAGCUUAGAGUUGGUUGCAAUGGAUUACUUGAUGGAUUUAAUAAGGAGCAACUUAGUGAUGAUGGCUAAAGUAAAUUCCUUAGGGGAGCUCAAAGCCGUCCAUAUUCAUGAUUUAGUACAUGAAUUUAGCUUGGUAAAAGCUAAAUAUGGCAACUUUUUGCUGAGGAUAAAUGAUCAGCUGUAAGUGAAAUCAAUUUAAUUAUGUUUCUAGCUU